AGGAGGAGCUGACGCACGCCCCGAGGCCCGCGCCGCCCGCUUCCGGGCCCUCCCCGGCGACGGCGGCGGAGCCGAGGCGGGGCGGCCGCGGCCAGCCGGGCUCAGAGCGCGAGGUCCCGGGCCAUGGCGGGCUGCUGCGCCGCGCUGGCGGCCUUCCUGUUCGAGUACGACACGCCGCGCAUCGUGCUCAUUCGCAGCCGUAAAGUGGGGCUCAUGAACCGCGGCGUGCAGCUGCUCAUUCUGGCCUACGUCAUCGGGUGGGUGUUUGUGUGGGAAAAGGGCUACCAGGAAACAGACUCUGUGGUCAGCUCAGUGACCACCAAGGCCAAGGGCGUGGCUGUGACCAACACCUCUGAGCUGGGGUUCCGGAUCUGGGAUGUGGCCGACUAUGUGAUCCCCGCUCAGGAGGAGAAUUCUCUCUUCAUCAUGACCAACAUGAUCAUCACCGUGAACCAGACCCAGGGCACCUGUCCCGAGAUCCCAGACCAGAAUACUCUGUGCAACUCGGAUGCCACCUGCAUUUCCGGCUCCACAGACACCCACAGCACUGGAGUCUCCACCGGCAGGUGUGUGCCGUUCAAUGCAUCUGUGAAGACGUGUGAGGUGGCAGCCUGGUGCCCAGUAGAGGACGACCGGCAGGUACCAAGGCCUGCUUUUUUAGGGGCUGCAGAAAACUUCACCCUUUUGGUGAAGAACAACAUCUGGUAUCCCAAAUUCAACUUCAGCAAGAGGAACAUCCUUCCCAACGUCACCACCGCCUACCUCAAGUCGUGCACGUACAACGCACACACGGACCCCUUCUGCCCCAUAUUCCGUCUGGGCAAGAUAGUGGAGGAUGCGGGCCACAGCUUCCAAGACAUGGCCGUGGAGGGAGGUAUCAUGGGCAUCCAGAUCAAGUGGGACUGCAACCUGGACCGCGCUGCGGCGCUCUGCCUGCCCCGGUACUCCUUCCGCCGCCUUGACACCCGGGACGUCGAGCACAACGUGUCUCCCGGCUACAAUUUCAGGUUUGCCAAAUACUACAGCGACCAAGGUCGCGAGUACCGCACGCUCAUCAAGGCCUACGGCAUCCGCUUUGACGUCAUCGUAUUCGGCAAGGCUGGGAAGUUUGACAUCAUCCCUACCAUGAUCAACAUCGGCUCCGGCGUGGCGCUGCUGGGUGUGGCCACAGUGCUGUGUGACAUCAUUGUCCUCUACUGCAUGAAGAAGAGAUUCUACUAUCGGGAGAAGAAGUACAAGUUUGUGGAGGACUACGAGCAGGGUCUGAACGGCAACACGGACCCCUGAUGCUGGCCCCACAGCCCCCACCAAAGCACACUGCACAAAGGGAAGAAGGCGGCCGCAUCACCCCAUGGCAGGUUCCGGAUCCUGCCACAGGCUCCAUGCGUGCUCACAGGGGUCCCACUGCCCCUGAUGGGUGUGAAGGAUUCGGGCACGCUGACAUGUUGGGCCCCUGCUGUGACCUCGGCUGGAUCUCCUCUACUGUUCCUGUGUGCAGGGUUGAGAUCAGGGCGCCUCUGUCCGUCUCUGGCCCCCUUCCAGACACCCAGCCCUCCACGGCAGCACGGGCAGCUCUCAGUGACUGCUGGGAAGACUCCCUGGGAUGAGCA